AUGGUCAAACCCGAAAAGUCAAAUGAAAAUACUGGUAAAACAGAAGAUGAAGAAAAGGAUCAAGUUUGGAAUGAGGAAUUUGAAGCAGUCCAAAUCCCUUCUGUAAAUCCUCUUGAGGUUGAGGAUUGGAUAGAAGUUGGUGCUGAAAAGAAUGCUUCAGGGGUUGAGGAAUUGACCAAUGAGGAUGUGACACCUGGAGAUAUUGUCAUUGUUGAAGGCUAUAAGAAUUUAGUUACAAACAAAUAUUCCCAAAUCGUUUCUUUGAUCUGCACUCGCUUAGGACAAGAAUUCAAACAACAAUCAACCAUCGUCCGACUCACAGUCACCCCAUUACUCACCGCCUCAUCGGAAUUCCGCCAUCGUUCUCGCCAACGACGUCGUUACAGGAGCUAG